AUGCAAUUCGCCAAGUCUCUCAUGCUGCUUGCAGCCCUCACCACCAGCACCCUGGCCAGACCCUCAAACUUUGAGCGCCGCCAGGACUCCGCUAGCUGGACCUCUACGCCCUCCAGCGGCUCAUACUCCACCGCUGGAUUCGGCAGCUCCACCAGCUCAUCAGGCUCAGGCGUAACAUACUCCGGCAACGUGGGCAGCCCCUACGGCAGCAACAUCAUCUCUGUUGACGCCUCGUCUGCCAGCAACUACAAGUACGUUGCACAGUUCACCGGCUCGAACACCGAGGACUGGACUGUGGCCAUCUUCAACAAGUACGGCCCGGAUGGCGCGAUGACAGGCUGGUUCGGCAACGCCUGUAACCAAUUCACCCUUGCCCCCGGCGAGACCAAGUACAUUGCCUUUGAUGAGGACUCGAAUGGUGGCUGGGCCGCCGCCUCCGGAUCCACCAUCCCCACUGAUGCGUCGGGUGGCUACGCUUCCACCUGGGGCGAGUUCGACUUCGGUUCCACUACCAACAAUGGCUGGUCUGGCUUUGAUGUCUCGGUUAUUUCUGCGCAGAAUGCUGGCAUGUCCAUCUCUGGCAUGAAGAUCUGUGAUGCCCUUGGCUCUGUUUGCUCUUCUGUCACCAAGGACGCCGGUUUAGUUAGUAACGCUUACACUGCCGCUGAGACUGCUGUCGGUGGUAUUGGUGCUAACUUGGCCUCUGGUCCCGUUCGUCUGGCUGUUACCAUUGAUUACAGCGGAUAA